CUGAUCCAUGUUACUUGGGGCCAGACUUAAUGCUAUACAUACCUGUAACUGACCCAUAGGUCGCCGGCAAACGUGUCCCCGAGGAGGAGGCUGAGGCCCAGCAGUGGAUCGAGAGUGUCAUCGGAGAGAGGUUUCCCCCCGGAGCUCCCUACGAGAUCGCCCUCCGCAACGGCAUCAUUCUCUGCAAGCUGAUGAACAGGCUGCAGCCCGGUGUCAUCACCAAGAUCAACACCUCUGGAGGGGACUACAAAAUGAUGGACAACCUCGGCCAGUUUCAAAAGGCUUGCACUAAGUACGGCGUCCCAGACGUGGACCUCUUUCAGGCCGUAGAUCUGUGGGAUGGGAAGGACAUCGCUGGAGUCACCAGGACCAUCUUUGCCCUUGGCCGCACGUGCUACAAGCACCCAGAGUGGCGAGGUCCCUGGCUUGGGCCACGGCCCGCCGAGGAGAACCGUCGCGAGUUUAGCGAAGAGACGUUGCGGGCAGGUGAGGCCAUCAUCGGACUGCAGGCCGGGCAAAACAAGGGGGCGACGCAGGCGGGACAGAGUUUCGGCGCCACUCGCAAGAUCUUACUCGGCAAAUGAGAUCUUCUUAGUUGCCAGAAAACGUCCGCCGAAGGAACGGGUGGAAUUUAUUCGCAUAUUUAUGAUAAUUGACUAUUUUUAUAAUGCUUGUAAGUUUUAAGUUUAAGUUAAAGAGAAAAUUGUGUUAUUUUUUACAAGGAACAGAUAUUUUGACUCUUCAAUUAUUGUUGAUUAAAUUUUUAAAAGAUGUGUAUGGUCUAAACAAA